UCUUCCGCAGGGCCCCCAAACGCAGUAGAGAGAGGGAAGCAGAGGGGGCUGGCUUGGGGUCAGCAGUGAGCAGUUUUCUAGGCGGAAGAAGAUCUAGAAGGCAGAGGCUAACUGUGUCCGGCAUGAUGGAUUCCUGGGCUCCCAGAACGGCUGGGCUGGAAGGAACCUCGAAAAAGGAACUACCGUCACGUGCCCCGUGCCAGAGCUGGGCACUUUCGUGAACAUUGUCUUAACACUCCUAACUCUGCUUCGAGGGAAUAGCCUUAGCGGUUGGACUACAAAUCCCAUGUCGCCAUCCCUUCUUUCCCUCGGUCGCCAUCUUGGCUGUAGUCCCCGCCCCGUUCCCUUCCAUUGUCUGGACUGAAGAUAAUAGAGGGGAGCCGAGAAGACUGCAACUCCCGUCAGGCUCUGCGCCACCGGGUGCGGGAUUUUGAUAUUACAGGCGGGCGAGGUGCCCAAGGUGGCAGAAUGAAGCGACCAGGAGAGGCUAGGUAGCCUGCCAUCUUUAUGGUAGUCUCUUCAUCCUACCGGUUCCGCCAUUCUUAAGGAAUACUAGAAGGUUAGAAAACUACUAUUCCCAUCGCACCUCAUAAGAUCGGCUUCUAGUCAGGUGUACGCCCCUCUUCCGCCAUCUUGCUUGUAGUCCUCGUUUCUUUUCACCUUUCCAUUGUUCCUGACGAGUAGAAAUGGCAGCGGGAAGGCGGCAGAUGGACUGCGACUCCCGUCAGCCCUCGGCGUUGCUGACGCCCCCAAUGUCGUCGAGCAGCCGGGGGCCGGGGGCCGGAGCGCGCCGACGCCGAACCCGCUGCCGCCGCUGCCGGGCCUGUGUGCGAACUGAGUGCGGGGACUGCCACUUCUGCAGAGACAUGAAGAAGUUCGGGGGGCCUGGGCGCAUGAAGCAGUCGUGCCUGCUCCGGCAGUGCACUGCCCCCGUGCUCCCACACACAGCUGUGUGCCUCUUGUGUGGGGAGGCUGGGAAGGAGGACACAGUGGAGGGAGAGGAAGAGAAAUUUGGUUUGAGCCUCAUGGAGUGUACAAUCUGCAACGAAAUCGUCCACCCUGGCUGCCUGAAGAUGGGGAAGGCUGAGGGUGUCAUCAAUGCAGAGAUCCCCAACUGCUGGGAGUGCCCUCGCUGUACCCAGGAAGGCCGCACCAGCAAGGAUUCAGGUGAGGGGCCAGGCCGCCGCAGAGCUGACAACGGUGAGGAGGGCGCCAGCCUAGGGAGUGGAUGGAAGCUGACGGAGGAGCCGCCACUUCCACCGCCCCCGCCUAGGCGAAAGGGCCCUCUACCUGCUGGGCCUUCCCCGGAGGACAUGCCUGGGCCCCCCAAACGAAAGGAAAGGGAGGCAGGGAAUGAGCCCCCCACCCCAAGGAAAAAGGUGAAAGGAGGUCGAGAGAGGCACCUGAAGAAGGUGGGUGGAGAUGCCUGCCUCCUCCGAGGAUCGGACCCAGGCGGCCCUGGCCUUCUGCCCCCCAGGGUUCUGAAUCCAAGCCAGGCAUUCUCGUCCUGCCACCCUGGGCUCCCUCCCGAGAACUGGGAGAAACCAAAGCCACCUUUGGCCUCUGCUGAGGGCCCGGCAGUGCCAUCCCCAUCCCCACAAAGGGAGAAGCUAGAACGUUUCAAGCGAAUGUGCCAGCUGUUGGAGCGGGUGCCUGACACCUCUUCUUCCUCCUCGGACUCGGAUUCCGAUUCCGACUCAUCAGGCACUUCGUUGAGUGAGGAUGAGGCCCCUGGCGAGGCCCGGAAUGGGCGACGGCCAGCCCGGGGUAGCUCUGGCGAGAAGGAAAACCGCGGGGGACGGCGGGCUGUGCGCCCUGGCAGUGGGGGGCCCUUGCUCAGCUGGCCCCUGGGCCCUGCCCCACCACCCCGGCCUCCACAACUGGAGCGGCAUGUGGUACGGCCCCCGCCUCGAAGCCCUGAGCCUGACACGCUGCCUUUGGCUGCUGGAUCCGACCACCCUCUGCCCAGGGCUGCUUGGCUUCGUGUCUUCCAGCACCUUGGGCCCCGAGAGCUGUGUAUCUGCAUGCGGGUCUGCCGGACUUGGAGCCGCUGGUGCUACGACAAACGUCUGUGGCCUAGAAUGGACUUGAGCAGGCGGAAGUCACUCACCCCGCCCAUGCUCAGUGGGGUAGUUCGCCGCCAGCCGCGUGCCCUGGACCUCAGCUGGACAGGUGUCUCCAAGAAGCAGCUCAUGUGGCUUCUGAACCGACUGCAAGGCCUGCAGGAGUUGGUGCUCUCUGGCUGCUCGUGGCUCUCUGUCUCUGCCCUUGGCUCAGCCCCACUGCCAGCCCUGCGGCUCCUGGACCUCCGCUGGAUCGAGGAUGUUAAAGACUCCCAGCUCCGAGAGCUGCUGCUGCCUCCACCAGACACUAAACCAGGGCAAACAGAGAGUCGUGGACGGCUACAGGGGGUGGCCGAACUGCGCCUGGCAGGUCUGGAGCUGACAGAUGCCUCCCUGCGGCUCCUGCUGCGCCAUGCGCCCCAGCUGAGUGCCCUGGACCUGAGCCACUGCGCCCAUGUCGGGGACCCCAGUGUCCACCUCCUCACUGCUCCCACUUCCCCACUCCGAGAGACCUUGGUACACCUCAAUCUUGCUGGUUGCCACCGCCUCACAGACCACUGCCUCCCGCUGUUCCGACGCUGCCCACGUCUCCGCCGCCUAGACCUGCGCUCCUGCCGCCAGCUUUCACCUGAAGCUUGUGCCCGGCUGGCGGCUGCCGGCCCUCCUGGUCCCUUCCGCUGCCCAGAGGAGAAACUGCUUCUCAAGGACAGCUAGUCGGGUGCCCCCCACCCUCCCCCAGGACUCAUCAGGAGCCUGGACCUCGGGCCUUCAUUUCAUCCUCUGUUGGGAGGCCAGGUUACCCACCUCAUGACUUGGGAUUCCUGAGUUUUGUGACUUGGGGAUUCCUACCCAGGGACCGGAGCCAGCCUCCCCCUUCUCUUCCUCCUGCACUGAUAUCUCUGGGGGUCUCUCCUUCCCAUCUCCCCCUUCCACCUGCUUCAUUGUCCAUCCCCUGGGGGGAGUGGGUCAGAGGUACAGGGGGGUGCUGAGCCAAAGGGAUGGUGGGAGGGGGGUUAAGGUGCAAGUUUGAGGGAGGGAGAAUG